AUGCUAGCUUUAUCUACUUACCAAAAUGUGACUAGUUUUCUCACGAAGUCGCCAACUCUUGAGAGAAGACUUCUAGCCCAACGUUUUGGACAGGGUAAGCAUGUUUUAUUUUACUUUUUCAAGCUGACGAAUUUUGUACUAUUUCCAGUUGGGAUCAAAGGCAUUCAUAGAAAGAGAUUCAGCCUAGUGGAAAAUUCGGCUUCUCCGGCAAGUGCGAAUCCAGGGACUUCCUAUGACGAACAUAGACCCAAGACCCCACCCCCCGAUCUACCAUCCCUUCUUCUUGAUAGUAGAAUCGUUUAUAUUGGAAUGCCUCUCGUACCUGCUGUCACGGAGCUGAUCGUAUCUGAGUUACUUUACAUGCAGUAUACAGAUCCUGGAAAAGCGUGCUAUCUUUACAUAAAUUCAACUGGGUGUACGCGCGCAGAUGGAGAGGUAGUUGGAUUUGAGACUGAGGCUACUGCGAUAUAUGAUACAAUGAAAUAUAUCGGAAACGAAGUAUAUACAGUUGGGACUGGAGUAGCUAUCGGUCAGGCAUGCGUUCUCCUGUCUGCAGGACAAAAAGGAAAACGCUUCAUGACUCCACACGCCACUGCGAUGCUUCACCAACCAAAAGUUCCAUCAACAGGGCAGCAACAGACUACUGAGCUACAAAUUAAAUGGAAAGAAGUCUUAGAUCAGAAAAAAUCUAUGCUUAAGAUUCUGGCGGAAACUACUGGGCAAACUGCUGAAAAAAUAGAUAAGGAUAUUCAACGUCCACUAUACCUCACAGCGCAAGCGGCGAUUGAAUAUGGACUUGUUGAUAAAAUCGUUGAUAAGUCUGCCAAGGCAAUUGAUGAAGUGUUGAACACUGAGUCUUGGGAUAAAGCAGCAGGAUUAGUUAAAAUGUAG